UUGUUCCACUAUUGCUCAUUUGCUAACCAUCUGAAUCUCUUUCUGAUAUCCGAUCGCCUUUUUCUCUCCCCUUUUUUUGAUUUUCAUCAAAUCUAAUCAAAAUGGGAGAGGAGAAACCAAAGCUAAUCGGUGGUGUGUGGCCGACCGUUAAGCCGUUUAUCAAUGGCGGAGCAUCUGGUAUGCUUGCUACCUGUGUCAUCCAACCCAUCGAUAUGAUCAAGGUGAGAAUCCAAUUGGGUCAAGGAUCUGCUGGCGAUGUGACAAAGACUAUGUUGAAGAAUGAGGGAGUCGGUGCCUUCUAUAAGGGUCUUUCUGCUGGAUUACUUAGACAAGCUACAUACACAACAGCCAGACUUGGUACAUUCAGGAUUCUAACAAACAAGGCACUUGAAGCCAACGAUGGAAAGCCACUACCUUUAUAUCAAAAAGCUCUCUGUGGACUGACAGCUGGCGCAAUCGGAGCCUGUGUAGGAAGCCCUGCUGACCUGGCACUCAUCCGUAUGCAAGCUGAUGCCACACUACCCUUAGCCCAACGUCGUAACUACACAAACGCAUUCCAUGCUCUCUACAGAAUCACUGCAGAUGAAGGAGUUUUAGCUCUCUGGAAAGGUGCGGGUCCCACUGUAGUUAGGGCAAUGGCAUUGAACAUGGGCAUGCUUGCUUCCUAUGAUCAAAGUGUUGAGUUCUUCAAAGACAAUCUUGGCUUUGGUGAAGCUGCUACAAUUGUAGGGGCGAGUUCUAUAUCUGGGUUCUUUGCUGCUGCGUGUAGUUUACCCUUUGACUUUGUGAAAACACAAAUACAGAAGAUGCAACCUGAUGCUACAGGGAAAUACCCGUAUACAGGAUCUCUAGAUUGUGCCAUGAAAACACUCAAAGCUGGAGGACCUUUCAGAUUCUACACAGGGUUUCCAGUAUACUGUGUUAGGAUUGCGCCACAUGUCAUGAUGACGUGGAUUUUCUUGAACCAAAUUCAGAAGCUGGAGAAGAAGGCUGGAUUAUAAUUUUUUUUAAUUUAGUGGGAAGAUUAUGAGGAAAUAAUACGACUUUGGCUUUUCUGUGUUGUACUGGUUGCGGAUUUUUGGUUGCUUACACCUUCAAGUGAGUUUAUACUUUUUUGGAAUGAAUGAAAGCUUAGAAUUGUUGUAAUGACAUUUGAAUUGAAGUACAAUUGUUUUAGGGUUGUAGGGGAUUUGAUUAAUCUGGGGUUAGCAAGAAUCCAGUUUCUGGGUCAAAACUCAAAAAUCAAAAUGUUGUUUUGAGCAAAUAAAAAACAUGUACUUGAGAAUUUUGGAUUGGGUUCGAGUUUUUUGCUUGAUUAAUUCUCAAUUUGAGAUUUAUUA